CCGCCGCAGUCUGGCCGUAGUCGUCAGGGCUCCAUUGGGCGAGGUGUAGAGGACCCCCCCGGGAGGGAGGGAGACAUAGAGACGGUGCCCGCAGCUCUAGCAACCGUUGCGCACAAAGCCGCCGACUCCAGGGCCGGGGCGAGAACAGCAGCCACCGCCCGGGAGCAGCGCGGCGAGACGCUCGGUGCAUCCUAUGCCCCCGCGCCCCCGCCGCGACCGCCGGAGCGCACCGAGAGGACGCGCCAUCGCGGUGCCCGGGUGCAGCUAGUGACCCUUGCCCCCGGCGCGCAGCCCGAGGUGAGCGGUGAGCGGGACGGCAGCGAGGCGUUUGCGGGCCCCCUCUUGCUGCCCGGGCCCGGCCCGCUCAUGGCGGCCAUCCGCAAGAAGCUAGUGGUGGUGGGCGAUGGCGCGUGUGGCAAGACGUGCCUGCUGAUCGUGUUCAGUAAGGACGAGUUCCCCGAGGUGUACGUGCCCACCGUCUUCGAGAACUACGUGGCCGACAUCGAGGUGGACGGCAAGCAGGUGGAGCUGGCGCUGUGGGAUACGGCAGGCCAGGAGGACUAUGACCGCCUGCGGCCACUUUCCUACCCGGACACCGACGUCAUCCUCAUGUGCUUUUCAGUGGACAGCCCGGACUCACUGGAGAACAUCCCCGAGAAGUGGGUGCCCGAGGUGAAGCACUUCUGCCCGAACGUGCCCAUCAUCCUGGUGGCCAACAAGAAAGACCUGCGCAGCGACGAGCAUGUCCGCACAGAGCUGGCCCGCAUGAAGCAGGAGCCAGUGCGCACGGAUGACGGCCGCGCCAUGGCCGUGCGCAUCCAAGCCUACGACUACCUCGAGUGCUCGGCCAAGACCAAGGAGGGCGUGCGCGAGGUCUUCGAGACCGCCACGCGCGCGGCGCUGCAGAAGCGCUACGGCUCCCAGAACGGCUGCAUCAAUUGCUGCAAGGUGCUAUGAGGGCCGCGCCCGCCCCUCCCUGGCCCGUCCCCCACGAGCCGGGAGAAGGGGGACAUCCCCGCCUCCAAGGACCCCAGUGGACUGCCUGGCGUCUGCCGUUGCGCGGAGAAUUGGCGUAGGCAUCGGGUGCCCCCUUCCCAGUGUCUGUGUGCGUCCAGCUGUGUUCCACUGGUCCGGGCGCCCCGCUGAGUGCCACUGGGGGGGGCCCUGAGCAUCCUUUUCUGAAGAGCCAGGCCUCAAGAGUGUAUGGUUGUGUGUAUGUUCGCCCCAUUUUUCACCAUACCCUCGCUUCUGGUCCCCAGAGGCACACUGGGCGCCAGAGUGGCCGCGCCCCAUCAGAUGUUCGCCCAUGACCAGCGAGCUCCUACUAUUUCCCUGUCUGUAACAUAGACCCGGGGAACUGCGGGAGGGGAGGGUUGGGGAGGACUGGGGCUGUUACAUAAAUAUAGAUAUAAUUUUAUUUUCGGAGGUAAGAUGGUGUUAUUUAAUGGUGGUGGUGAGUGGAAUGACCAGGGCGCUAGAUCCGCUCCAGCCCAGGCUUGAUGAGGCGCCCAUCCAAGCAUGAACUGGACUUGGCCUUCUUUCGGACCCCUGGGGAAGAUAUUUGUAAUUGACUUGGGACUGAGAAGAAGCAUUCUUCACACACUGCGUCUCCUGUGGACUGUUCCCCCCCCCAACAAACCCCUUACCAGCCAGUGGUGGGAGGGGGGAGGGUGUGCCGAGGGGGUGUUUUUGCCAUAAGCGAACUUUGUGCCUGUUCUACAAGUGGAAAUUGUUCAGUCCAAGAAACUGAUGUUUGAUUAUUUAAGGCUGAAACUUUUUUUGUUGAAAGAAUUCUUUGCACAAUUGUUUCAUUGUUUGACACUUAAUGCACUUGUCAUUUGCAUAAGACAGUAGCAUUCUGACCACACUUGUAUGCUGUAACCUCAUUUACUUCUGAUGUUUUCUAAAAAAUGACUUUUAAAAUGAGAGGGAAAAAACACCCACUAAUUUUUGCUUUGCUUUCUUGAAAAAGUGGCAACACUGUUCUGUGAUUUUAUUUGUGCAGAUUACGCACACUAUUUUCAUAAAGGAAGGUAACAAGUAUUGGGGUCUAUUUAAAACUUUUUUUUUUUCACAAGGCAGCCUCUACAGCUAUGUGAAAUUUUCUCUGCAUCUCUGUACAGAGAAUAAACCUUCCCCUAUUUCCUUUUUUCCCUUCCCAGCCCAGUGGUACUUCUACUAAAUUGUUGUCUUGUUUUUUAUUUUUUAAAUAAACUGACAAAUGAUAAAGUGGUGAGCUUAUGAUGUUUACAUAAAAGUUCUAUAAGCUGUGUAGACAGUUUUUUAUGUAAAAUAUUAAAAGACUAUGAUGAUGACAUU